AUGCCGUCUACCCUCCUCUGUUUGGGGGUGGUCUUAUUCUCGCUGGCUCCACCCACCCUGUCGUUUUCCCGCGGGGCGAGCCGCACCUCCUGUCAGGAAAUGAUUCCCGGUCACAUUCGUGCUCAACCCCAGGACCCGUUCCACAGCUUCGUCACCCUGCGCACGUCCGCCUCCUCUUACCUGCCGGGACAGCUAAUCACAGUAACUGUCCGAAGCUCUCGGGACUUCAUGGGUUUCCUGCUCCAGGCCCGGAGCGUGGAGGGGUCCGGGGGAAGAGCUGAAGCUGGAGCUGGACCUGGAGUCGGGGUCCGGGCCAGAAGUGGAGUCAAAACAGGCGUCAGGUCCACAAGAGCCGGCCCAGUGGUGAUGGGUGGCUCCUGGACGCUCACUCCUCCUGGAACUCACACCCUGCGCUGCCUCUCAGACGGCGACACCCUCACCCACUCGGAUAAACAGCUCAAGAGAAACCUUUCGUUUGUGUGGAGAGCUCCUGAUGCCCCAAUGGGUGACAUACGCUUCUACAUCACAGUGGUGCAGUCGUACUUUGUGUAUUGGGCAGGUAUUGAGUCUGCAGUGGUGCAUGAUGGGAGUCGCAGAUCUGUGAGUGGGAGCAAAACCCCAAAGGUUGAUGGAGAAACUUCUGCACUGCAGGAAUAUGAAGUUGCUGCACUGCCAGCUCUCAGAGCCUACAGCGCGUCAAACAAACCAACAAACCAGGCAGCCAACCCUGCUACUACCACAGGACACAGUCUACCAGGAAGCAGUGGAACCCAACGCUACAGGUCCCUGGAACCAGUCACCCGUCCCAGCCUUGGCAGAGACCACCUGACCAACCAGGCAGCUAUCCAACCUUCCCCUACUUAUCCUGUACCGUACUCCUCCCACCACCCAUCACCAGCUGCCCUGUUUCCCCCGGUCCCCUCAACUAAUCCUUCCUCGUCUCCCUUUACCUCUUCGAAGUUGAACACGGCUCCCCUUCGCUCUCUGUACCACCCCCCCAUGCCCUCUCCUUCCCCUGUGCCCUCCCAGAAGCUGACCAUGGGCCAGAGUUUGCUGAUCCAGCAUCACAUUGCCCCAUCAGAUCCUCAGCCCGACCUCACCCCAGCAACACAGAGAACACUGGUUCAUCCGAAUCCCGAACCUCAUCCAAACCUUGACCCAAACUUUAAACUAAAUCUGGGUUACGAGUUGAAAACACACCUUCCCAAAACGGAUACUAAACCAAAACGUCCUCCCAAUCCCCCUGGAACUCCAGACAAAGACGGGAAGUAUCCAAACAUUAUCCCCAGACACAGUGCCUGGGAGCUGGGCAUGCUGCUGGGCUGCUCAGCGGGCUUAGGCAUGGUGCUGGUGGUUGGGGUGAGGUACAUGUACCGGCAGGCCUGUGGUAAACGGACAGCGGUGACGCUGAACGACAGGGAGAGAGAGUAUGAGAGAGGACAGCGAGGAGAGAGAGGAGAGAGAGGCCUGAUCCAUGUCCAGGAGUGUGGGGACUUGGUCCGAGUCCGAAGAAUCAGAGAAAACAGUUUUGUGCUUCUGGCAGAGUACGAUAUACUGACACCACCUGGAGACUGA